AUGUCUAAAGAAUUGUUCUCCACAAUUAAAAGGCUUGACAAUUGUUUUUCCCGUGAAGUAUUACUUAAAGAAGGAAAAUGUUGUUAUGUACCAUACAAAGAUUAUUGUCCUACCAAACAAAAUGGGAAAAAGGGAGAAUGUAGCACAAAUUAUGAAAAAAUUAGUGCUGGGUUUAUAUGGUUGUUAGAUAUGUUCAAGGAUAAUUAUGGUGAUAAUAGUUCUGGAAAUGAAAAUGCCAAAUAUCCUGAAUAUGCUAUUUUAUGGUUAAGUAAUAUACUAAAUCAAACGCCAGAUGAAGGAAUCACCACAUUAAAAGAUUUUUAUACUAAACAUAUAGAAGAUAAUACGUAUUAUACUAAUUGUGAUAAUAAUGGUAAAGAUUGUAGUAGUUCAUUAAAAGAUGAAAUAGGAUAUAAAAAAUUUAAGAAGUUCAUAAAAGCAAACGAGCAUUUCACGAAUAUGAAUAUGCACACUAUGGCUAUGUUGUAUGAUGCAUUUAAAAUUUUAUGUAAAAUGUAUACUGAAUUUGACGAAAAAACGUCAGAUUGCGAGAAAUAUUUGAAAUAUUCUAGUGAGUUUUUUAACAAAUAUGAAAUUCUUAAUAAUAUUGAUGAUAUCACUGAAGGUAGUCCAUAUCGUCAAGUAUUGUCUACUUUAUUAAAUGAUUAUGAUAAUUUUAAAAAUAAAUAUAAUGAAGCUCAAUGUUGCAAAUCUUCACCUCUCCAAACGAUAGAAAAAAUGCAAGCUUCUGCACGAAGUUCUGAAUUUACAUUAUCAAAUUUGUCGAUAGAAAAAAAAUUAUCUAUAGUUUUAUCUAUAUUUGGGGCAAUAGUACUUUUUUUGGGAAUUUCUUAUAAGUAUUCGUUAUUUGGAAUUCGCGAAAGAGCUCAAAAACAUUUAAGAAGAAAGCUAAAAAAAUUAAGAAGAAAAUGGAUAAUUAAUAUAUGA